AUGGCCUUGCAGCUGGUUGCUCCGAAAAGUGGGCAGGUAAACCUCCGCCUGCAGCCAACGAAGCCAGUCUUCGGCAAGUUCAGUGUGGAUCAUGACAAGGUGGCAGUUGUGCUGAACGGGGGCAAGAAGGAUCUCGUCGUGCCCCUCCUUCAUCACCUGACGGCAGCAGGCCGAUCAACGAUCGAGACCCUCCAGGUGACAGAGUGCAUCGGACGGCUUCUCAGGCACCGAGAUCCGACGGUGGCCGUCGCGGCUGCUGAGGCCUUCGCAGCCUCCGGGGCGGCAGGCCAACGCCACGAAGAGGCAUUGCUAGGCCUGCUUCUUCGAUCGGAGGACUCUGUCAUUGUGGCCGGGCUGCGUGCGCUGGCACGGUUGGGCCCACUGAUCCAGCCAGCGCGAAAGGCCGUCGUGAUCCGACAGGUCGCAGCAUGCCUCACCCGCAGCGUUGCGGUCCGUAGCGCCGCUCUCCGAACACUCGCAGCCCUCAAAGCCACGCGUCAGGCCCUCGCGAUUGCUGAUCUCGUUCAAACCGAGAAGGUCCCAGAGGUCCAGGGCAUCGCUGUGGAGGCCUUAGCGCAGCUGGCCUCCCUGACGGCCGAAGCAGAAAGCUGCUUCCCGGAAGAUGCCCGUGAGAAGAAGCUGGCUGAGAUGUUGGGCGACGACCGCCUGCGCUACUCAGCGUUGACGGCCUUGGGCUUUCUCGGUGACAAGGCCCCUGCCAGUCUGCUUCAGAAGGCGACGGAGGCUCUCAGCGAUGCCGACCUCACGACCCGCUGGGCAGCUGUGGGUGCAGUGGGUGCCAUGGGCGAGCAAGCGGCGGCGUCCAAUGCUGCGAUCGACGCGCUGAUGGGGCUGCUGAAGUCCCCUGAGGCGGCUCGCCGCGCCGCGGGUGCGAGUGCACUGGCUGCCAUGGGAGCAUCGGCGUUGCCCUCAGCAGACCUCGUGGCGACCCUGACCAAGGAUCCCGAGGUGGUGCCUGCACCACCCCAAGCAACCUCGGGCGGCCGCCCCCCAGCACGGCUGCUGAUGCCGCGCUGCGCCGCCGUUGCCGCGCUGGGCGCCAUGGGUGCCGAGGCCCACACUGCCCUCGUGGCCCAGGGGCUCCUGGACAAGAGCUGGGAGGUGCGACAGGCGGCAGCAGAGGCUUUGGGCAACUUGGGCGAGGCUGCACGAAGUCACGCUUCGAGCCUUAUAGGCUGCCUCGCGGAUGGCUCCUACCCAGUCCGCGCCGCCGCGUGCGUCGCCCUAGGAACUUGCCGGGCUCCGGAGGCGCUGCCGGGCUUGGCUCAGGCCUUUGAGGACGAGUCUGCCGUGGUCAGGCGCAGCGCCCUUGAGGCGGCUUCGGCUUUGGUGGCUGAGGAGGAGUCCUUCUGUCACGAGGUCUUCAAGGCAGUCACGGACACGAACGCGCAGGAGGGCAAGAAGGGCUGA